AUGUCGCAGACGGCCACAAAUGGGAAGUCUCUACUGGGUGAUCUUUCUGAGCCUUUGCUUGCCGAGUACCUCACCGACACUCCCCUUCCAGACGGCUUCCCGUGGGGAAAGGCCACGGCUUUUGACACGAAUUACUAUACCUCUUCUCCUGAUACAGGUGUCACGAGAAAAUAUGACUGGAUCGUUUCGAGGGCCACUUUUGCACCUGAUGGCUUCAGAAAACCGAUGAUUGUUGUGAAUGGGGCUUUUCCUGGGCCUCUCGUCGAAGCCAACUGGGGUGAUAUGAUCGAAAUCACUGUCCACAACGACAUUCGCGACCCAGCCGAGGGUACGUCCUUCCAUUGGCAUGGUUUCCCCCAGCAGAACACUCAAUGGAAUGAUGGCGUUCCGGCGUUUACCCAAUGUCCAAUUUCUCCUGGUGGAAGCCUUACAUACACGUUCAAGGCCGAGCUUUAUGGCACAAGCUGGUGGCAUGCACAUCACUCUGCUCAGUAUACGGCAGGGCUCUUGGGGCCAGUUGUCAUUCAUGGACCGCAGAACGUGCCGUAUGAUAUUGACAUUGGCCCUGUACUUCUCUCAGAUUGGUACCAUCAAGAGUACCACGCACUCGUAAGGUCGUUGGUAGAGCCACGUCCAGACCCUCCAAUCCUAACCAGUGAUAACAACCUUAUCAAUGGCAAAAUGAAUUUCGACUGCUCAAAGCUAAACUCGAGUACCUAUGUCAGCGGCGCAGACUGCACGAACGACGCAGGAUAUUCAGAAUUUAUUUUCGAGGCCGGCAAGUCACACCGUCUACGCCUCGUUAACACUGGAGCGGAUGGUGCGCAGCAGUUCUCGAUUGACGACCACGAGAUGACGGUCAUAGCCAACGACUUUGUGCCAAUUGAACCUUAUGACACUAACGUUGUGACUAUUGGGAUUGGUCAACGAACCGAUGUCGUUGUGAAAGCGGGUGGCGAUCCUGGCAAGUCUUACUGGAUGCGAUCAAUCAUUACCUGCUCCAAUACCAAUCAGCCUGAGGCACUAGCCAUCAUUUACUAUGAUAGGGCGACUAAUGGCUCUUUGCCUAGCACCACUGCUCAACGCUACGGCAAUGCUGGAUGUGCAAACGAUGAUUUGACACAGACAGUACCUUCGUACCCUAUCGCCAUCGAAGAACCAGAGACGACACAGACAGUAACCAUGACCGUGUCACAGAAUGAAACAGGCAGUUGGCUCUGGUAUAUGAACGAUAACUCGUUUUUCGGGGACACAAGCAGGUCCAUGCUGUUGUUGGCGAAAGAGGGCAACAUUUCAUUCACAGAGUUCGAACCGCUAAUAUAUAACAUGGGGUCUAACUCCUCCUUUCGAUUUAUCGUUAACAAUGAGUCCCCAAUAUGGCAUCCUAUGCAUAUGCAUGGUCACAACAUGUUUGCGGAAGGCGAUGGCACCUGGGACGGAAGAAUUGUGCGUCCUUCCAAUCCCCAGCGACGAGAUACGCAGCAGGUCCGCCCAAACGGGUACAUGCGACGCAGCACGCAGAAGAACCCCGAUGAUGUUGUGAUAACGAUGGCCAUCCGGACACCCCUGACUAAAGCCUUCAAAGGAGGAUUCAAAGACACGGGUCUCGAUUACAUGGUCUAUGCCCUGCUUAAAAAGGUGGCUGAGGAAUCAAAGCUGGAUCUCUCAGUCGUAGAAGAUAUCUGCCUCGGCAAUGUGGGAGACCGCAGUUCUACCGUGUCCGCUUAUAUUGUCCGCGCCGCCAUGCUCGCCGCUGGCUUUCCACACACAGCUGGGGCCUCUUCCGUCAAUCGAUUCUGCUCUUCGGGGCUCAAGGCUGUUCAAGAUAUUGCAAAUGAGAUUAGCGUGGGAAGCAUAGAAUGUGGUGUAGCGAUUGGAGCGGAGUCAAUGACAACCGGUGGUGACCGGCUGGCCACACCCUUCCACGAAGCUAUUCUUCAGAACCAAGAAGCAGCAGACUGCAUGCAACCCAUGGGACAGACAUCCGAAAAUGUCGCAAACGACUUUAACAUCUCAAGAGAGGAUAUGGACAGAUACGCCAACGAGUGUUUUAGAAGAGCAGAGGUUGCUCAAAAAGCGGGGUGGUUUGAUGAUGAGAUCGUGCCAAUUACUACGAAAGUCAAGGACCCGAAGUCAGGCGAAAUGAAGGAGGUCAUUCUUACAAGGGAUGAGGGGCCAAGAUAUGGUACGACCGUGGAAUCUUUAGGCAAGAUCAAGCCUGCUUUCCCGGACUUUGGCAACAAGACCACUGGCGGGAAUGCCAGUCAAGUCACCGACGGUGCUGCCGCCGUUGUCCUCAUGAAACGAUCGAAAGCCAUUGCGUUAGGCCAGCCCAUCAUGGCAAAGUUCUGCGGCGCUACCGUAGCCGGCGUACCUCCAAGGAUUAUGGGUAUUGGCCCAUCUGUGGCUAUCCCUAAAUUGCUCAGCCAGUUUCAGUUGACCAAAGACGACAUCGACAUCAUUGAGAUCAAUGAAGCAUUCGCAUCAAUGGCAGUAUAUUGUCUGAAUGUACUGGGGCUGGAUCACAAAAAAGUCAACCCAAGGGGUGGUGCUAUCGCUCUGGGUCAUCCGUUGGGUGCAACCGGUGCUCGGCAGAUAUGUACCAUUCUGAGCGAGGCACGGAGGACGAAGAAAAAGAUAUGUUUGACCAGCAUGUGCAUCGGAACGGGACAGGGCAUGGCGGGUUUAUUUGUGAACGAGCAAGUCUGA